AUGCCGCCUCACGGGGGCCGAUUUCCCGGCCACAACCUCUCGAACCCUUUCGCACAUCUCUCAGGCCCAAUACCACAGCAGCAACAACCACUGCACCAGCAACACCAGCAGCAGAGCAUACAACAUCCAGGUUUCGGCGGCGGCAACCAAGCCCACAAUCUAAACCUCUUCAGCCAACAUCAGGGCGGCUUCCAAUCAAAUGCAGCGCUAGGCGGUGGAUUGGGGGGAGCAGGUCUUGGAGCAGCAGCCGCGAUUGGCGGGGCAGGCGGAGGGACAGGACUCGACGGGCAUGAAGCGCGUAUGCGGUUUGCUCAUGGCGCACAGAUACAAGAGAAUGCUGCUCGUGGUCAAGAUGGCGCCAAAGGCAUUGCAGGGCAGCGGAUACGGGAAGUCUGGCGGUCGAACCUACACCAGGAGAUGGAUAUGUUGCGCUCGCUCAUCGAUCAGUACCCCUAUAUCAGUAUGGACACCGAGUUCCCCGGUGUUGUCGCGCGACCUAUCGGAGACUUCAACUCGAAAGCCUCCUAUCAUUACCAGACAGUGCGCUGCAACGUUGACUUGCUUAAAAUUAUUCAACUCGGCGUCACCCUCUUCAAUGUACAAGGCGACAUCCCGCCAUCGCAUCUUGACGUCUCAGAACUGAACUACAAGCCAAAGUCGAUACAACGAUAUGCGAACAACAUCAUCGUCUGCCCAUGCACAUGGUCAUUCAACUUCCAAUUCUCGCUCGAAGACGACAUGUACAACGAGGAGUCAAUACAGAUGCUUAAGAAAUCUGGCGCCGAUUUCGAAAAGCAUAGGGAUCAAGAGCAUUGA